GACAGGCCAUAGCAGGCUUACCACAAAGCAAGAUAUGUCUUUUCAAAAGAAGCUCGUUGUUUGCGACUCGUUGUGAAGACACAAAGGUUGUUGUGAGCGAAGUUGCACGGCUGCAUGAAACAGUGCAAGGAGCUAGCUCCGUAAAAAGCCUCCACCUCGGAGUGACUUCAUUCCCACGCUGGUAUCUUCCAGAAGUUGAUCUCAUGCAAGACACAUCAAGAUCAUGUCAUACAAUUCGCCAAGUUCUUCCCAGGGCCAGUUCGCGUACAAUCCCGCAUCACCACCUCUUCCCCCUCCCAAACCAUCGGCACAUUCCAGUGGGACAGCCACACCUCUGGCUGGUCCUCCACGACCUCCUCCGGCCGGUCAGUCACCAGGGGGAGAAGAAUACCAACAGCAUGGUCAAUAUCAGCCUGGACAGUCUGUAACGUACAUACAAUACGCGCCAGAUGUGGAGCCACCGCCGGAAGGUUGGCUUCCGGACAUAGUAAAGGACAAGAGUACAAUCGACCUUCAGUCUCUUCUUUCCGACACCGCCCUCCAGCAAGCCCUCCUACAUGACCCAAAGACGUCGCAUCCCUCUAUAGCCGCUUCAACAGAGCCUCUGAAGUCCCUUCUAGAAUCCAACAUCGCUCUCGCCUCUAACCUCAAAGUCCUAGAGGCACAGAUUCAAUCGCAACGCGCCGCCACACAACAACGUCUCCUCUCCUUGCGCGCUUUGGAACGCCAAUUUCGGGCUAAGCAAGCAGAGCAAGAGACCGCGUUGCGAGAUUUCAGUGCCCCAGCACUAUAUCAGAAACUAGUGAGUGCUAUCGCAGAGCAAGAAAGUCUGUGCAGAGGCCUUGAGGAGAGCUUCCUGGAAGACGAGAGCGGGAAGGCGAACGAAAGGGAGAUUGAGGUCUUCGUGAAGAGGCUGAAAGAGGCAAGGAAGAUAGCGUACUUGAGACAAGAGAGAAAGGAAAGAUGGGAUGAAGGCAGAGUUGGAGGCUGGAGAUGAGCAAACACAUCUUAGGAACUCAUUUGCACCGAUCUUGCCACAAUGUGAGAGCAUCUCCAGCAAUCUGUUUACUCGCUUGACGCCGAGGAGCUUGCUUCUCGCCAAGUUCCGAAGAUCCGAGGCUUAAAUCAAACCUAUUCUGCACCAGCAGAAGGUAGGCUACAGGCGAUGCUUUAAGACGAACAUGGACUGGCGACUACUGAAUACUGAAGACCGUCCUCCAGGGGGGUAUUGCUACUUCUCGGAGUUCGUACAGAACUACGUGGUAGCGUCGCUACUUGUUCUUCAGCGAGGUCUCUACCAUUUUUGGAAGUGAUUUUACGAAAUGUUGUCGAACAUGGCAGUUUCCAGCAUGGAAAAUCUGUGCCAACAAAACCACACAAAGAGCGUAACUUUGAGCUUCGAGAACUGAUUCAGUCAUAGACUCUGACUAUGAAAAGCACUUAUGCGGAAAAGUAUAGACACAAGAGGAUACCAUGUAUUGUUGCAUUAUUAUGCUUCUUUUUAUUCACGGAGGAUUAUCCUACUACUCUUCGCAGGUAUUUUUACCGCCAAAAAUUGUUCACAUUUGGACGCUAGAUGUUCAUAGCGCCACUAAUUUUAAUGACGGCCUCGCAGCAGGGUGUUCGAAAUUCAAGUGUCAUUCAUUCGUUUAAAUAUAAAGCAAAAGUUAUGACUUAAUUCAUGCCUAGUUGAUUUAAUA